UAUGUUACAACAUAAUAAUCAUCUAUAAUAAAGCAAUUAGGGCAAUCAUUUCUUAUUACCUGGUAAACAUUCAUCUAGUAAACCAGUGCACCUCAUUCAGUUAUCACUGACUACCUGGCAUAAUCAUAAAGAUGAGGGAGGGCUUGUGAAUGUUUAACUAGCGAGGCUUAAUAACAGCUUGACAAGGAGCAGCCAUUUCACACCAAGUUCCGGCCUGCAUUCCACGUCCUUCGCCAUGACCUGCUGUGAGGCCUUCACGUCCUGUAAUGGGUUCGUUCUCAUGUCCCUCUGCAUCAUCGCCAUGGUGUUGAACCUGGUCCCCAUGUUUGCGGACUAUGCCAUGGACGGCUUUCUGUUCCGCCGCCCCGUCUCCUGUUUCGAAUGGUGGUUGCCAGGCUUGGUGGGAGGUGGCAUCCUGGUUUUGCCUUCGGUUACCAUGGCGUUUUCUGCAAAAAAAGGAGGAAGCUGCAACUCCCGCUGUGGGAUGCUCUUGUCGGCCGGUAUUUGUUUUGUUGGCAUUAUUGGCGCCCUCUACUGCCUGCUUGUGUCCUUUUUUGCUUUGGGCACUGGGCCACUGAUCUGUGAGGGAGCAGAUGCCAGCCUGUCUAGCUGCAAUUUCACAAUCAAGGACAUUGGGUCUUUGUCCCAGAUGAACUUUGACAUCACCUGGUACUUUAACGAGAAUGGCUGCUGGAACAGAACCCAGGGCACCCGAAUCCUGGGAGAGGUGGGCCUGGAACUGGACAACUACCAGCUGGUGAACUUGCACCUGGUGACAUUUGCAGGGCUGGUAGCUGUGGGCCUGUUGGAGCUGAUUUUCAGCUUGCUCCAGGUGCUGGCAGGGAUCUGUGGUUGUGUCUGUGGAACCUCCAAAAAGAGGAGGCAACAAUGAUGAAGCAUCCGCUCCCAUAACUGCCCAAGGAUGCUCUCUGUGCUGCAGAGAAGGACUGCACUUCUUGGGUCUGAACCCAGACUAACCUAACCAGGGGAAAGGCUAAGCUAAGCAGACACCUGUGAUGGCAUCACAUGUGGCAGUACAGAAGACCAAAAUGUAAUGGAUGAAGCCAUUACUUAGAUGAGCUGUUACAAGCAUGCUGUGCCCAGUUGUGUACAAGGCACAACUGAAUUUAGCAAAAUAUUCUCUUAAAUUGAAAACACUGCUUACAAAUAAGACAUCAGACCCUCUUCUUCUGCCAUCAUGUGGUACCAUCGUACUUGUCCAUUUAGUAUCUUCCCCUCAUCAGCCUGUCACAGAAAUCUACAAAAUAAAAACCCCAUUUAGUAUCUUCUCCUCAUCAGCCUGUCACAGAAAUCUACAAAAUAAAAACCCCAAGCUCCAGA